ACAAAUGAUUUAUGCUUUCUUUAAAAAGCUAAUUUUUAUAAAAUCGGUUCGGAUUAACGAUUAACGGCGCCCGUCUUUGUCGAAAAUGUCUAACAGGCGCGCGCAAUCGAUGCCAGCACAAAUGCUAGACCAGAAGCCAACGCGUGGCAGGUGUGUAGCUGCCAUAUGUUUCUCGUGGAAGAUAAUCACUUGUAUUGUUUCGCACGUGACUUUGGUGUUAUUGGUUGUUUCGUAUUGCGUUGGUGGUGCCUAUUUGUUUCGACAUUUAGAGAAACCACAUGAAAUAGAGGUUAAAAAGGGCAUCGAAAGUAUGCGGUACUCACUAACAGAUAAAAUAUGGAAAUUCUCCGAGAAUGCAUCUGUAUUGUCUGAAUUGGAUUGGAUAAAUAAUGUUAAAAUAGAUUUAGCAAACUUUGAAAAGCAGAUACUUACGGCAAUGAAGACCGAUGGUUGGGAUGGUGAUGAAGAUGUAACUAAAUCGCAAUGGACUUUUGCUGGAUCUUUAUUUUACUCAAUUAUUGUAAUAACAACAAUCGGUUAUGGACAUAUAUCCCCUCGAACGGAUUGGGGAAAAGUUACGACAAUAUUUUACGCUAUUGUUGGUAUACCAUUAAUGUUACUUUGUCUGUCUAAUAUUGGAGAUGUAUUGGCUACAUCAUUCAGAUUUAUAUAUUGGCGAAUAUGUUGUUAUGUCUGUACUCGACGACCUCGUCGUCCAAGAAACCGUUCAGUUCGCGGACAUCGUUAUUCAUCUCGAUCACAACCACCCCCCAUGCGACGUUCAAUGAGACUUACACAGCGUUCUGCAAAUGAUUCGGGUGUAGGCGCUUCGAUUGGUUUAGCACAUGCACAUUCCGAUCCUGAGCUUGCAUUUGCAGGACGUAAUGAUGAACACGAUAUCGAGUAUGGUCAACGAUUCCAUAGCAGUCAUAGACGUCGACAGCCUCACUAUGCACCCAUCACGCGCAUGAGUGUCAGACAUAAGUCACCCUACAAUGAUGAACCAUAUUUUGAUCGAAAUCCACAUGAAACCCAAACAUUAAAUCGUAGUUCUCGUUUCAGUAGUCGUCAACGUAAUCGUGAUCGUAUGCGUGAUCGUCAUACUGUUGAGCGCGAACGUAACAUAAGUCGAUCAAAACAACAAUUAUACUCAAUGGAUGAUAUUAAUUUACCACCACCCACCGCAAAACGUGCACAAAGCGUACGUUCAGUAAGAUCGCCAAAUUCGCGACAAGAAGAAAUCGUACGAGAAUCAAGAGAACGCGAAUUAAAUCGUUUGAAUACUAAUAGUAUGCCACGUGGUCGUUCUGUACCCAAUUCUGGACGAGGUCGUGCCAAAUCAGUAGAUCCACGUGCGUCUUCACGCUUUGAACAAAUCGACGAGGACAUAGUGCGUAAAACUCCAAUUAUAUCGAAUCGUUAUGCCAUUGAUGAACUAGAACAUCAUCAAAAACAUAACAAGAACAAUUUACGCAGUCAAUCUAUGCCGCGUUCUGCACAUCAAAAACAUAAUUUUGAUAACCAUGAUCCACCAAAUGGUGGUGUAAGAAAUCAAAAUCAAAAUCAGAAUCAUCAUCAACACUCACAGCACCGUCAUCAUUCACCUUAUCCAAAUCAACAGCGACGUCAUAGUCUCGGCCGUCAAAAUUCAGGACAACAUUCACGCUAUGGAAAUCAUUUAGAAUUACCGGAACUUUCAGCACCGCACAAUAACAGAAAUAGACGUGAACGCUCUCCUCGUUAUGGAGACUACGUAGAAGAAGAGUACGAUAGAUCAUUCACUGACGAAUAUGAUGUGGAAUGUGGUUACGGUGAUUAUGAUGACUAUCCUUCAGCGCCCAAACGUAAUAGUAGAGAUCGUAAGCCACGACGUGAAAGAGCAGAAAGAUUAGCUCCGCGCAUUAUGUCUCCAAUGGGUUUUGCAGUAGCACGACAGGUACGUAGACGUCCAAGUUACGACUAUGAUGAUGAUUCGAUGUAUGGAGACGAUGCGAGCGAUUAUUACUAUGGUGAUGUUUCACCAAAAGACCGUCCUGUGCCAAUUUGGCUUUGCGUUUUUCUUGUUAUUAGUUAUAUACUAGGAGGAGCUUCACUAUUUGCACAUUGGGAAAAAUGGUCUUAUUUGGAUUCAGCGUAUUUCUGUUUUAUUACAUUGACCACAAUCGGCUUCGGAGAUUUCGUACCAGCAAAGGGUGUUAAGGACGAAUCUGAGCAAUCCAUUGCAUAUUGCUCACUAUAUCUACUUUUCGGUAUUUCUUUACUGGCUAUGAGUUUCAAUUUAGUACAAGAAGAAUUUAUUGCUAAUGUGAAAGAAGUUGCAAGGCGUUUGGGUAUACUAAAAGAUGAAGAUCGUGACGAAGAUGAUUAAUAAGUAGUGCGUUUUUCAAAUUUCAUUAUUCAUAGAUGAAAUUAAUAAAUUAGUUAUUUUAUAUAUAGC